GUCUGGUACAGUUACCUAUGUAUAUUUCUCCCGUGUGAUUAUUGAAGUGUUUUUUUAUUUAUUUGUGGUAUAUUUGACUAUUAAUUGAAUACUAUUAGUCCACUGACAACAAUUUCCAUUAGGAAUUCUUUAAAAUUUCAUUGAUUGACUUGAAGGAGUUGUAGACAGGAGGAGGAUGAAGGAUGUAGUUGAAGGAUUGGCAAGAGUUGUAAAAUAACUCAUAAAACAUGGGUGGUUAUAUAGUGCUGAUAUGUGUUAGAGUUGAAUGCCAGUCUUCCUCAGCAGUGAAGAGGUUAAUUAAUGCCAUGUACUGGAUGGUCCUUAAUUGCAGCUAAAAUUUUAAAAUGGAGGAAGUGAAAGGUCAGACUGCAGAGCAAAAACUUAAUCCAAGAGAUAGAUCAAAUUUUUUUUCCAAUUUAUUAUUUUGUUGGCUGCUUCCUUACUUCGUUAAAGGCUACAAACGAGAACUAACCGAAGAUGAUAUGUACAGACAUAGAAGUGAGCACGAUUCUAGCAAGCUAGGACAAAAGCUGGAGGAAAGGUGGAUAAAACACGUGGCUAAGAACAAGAAUCCCGCAUAUUAUAAAGUGUUAAUAGGAACAUUUCUUUGGGAAAUAUUUGUUCUUAAUGUUCUUGUUGUAUUAGUAGAAGCGAUAAGAUUCAAUUUAGCAAUGAUGCAAGUUGGUAUGAAAAUGAGAGUAGCUUCUUGUUCUGUGAUAUAUAGGAAAGCUUUAAGACUUAGCAAAUCUGCUUUAGCGGAAACAACGAUUGGACAGAUGGUAAAUUUACUUUCUAAUGAUGUAGGAAGAUUCGAUCAAGCUGUACAUCAUCUUCAUUACUUCUAUAUGGCUCCAAUACAAGCACUUAUUGUGAUGGUCUUUUUAUACGUUGUUGUUGGAUGGACAGGACUUCUUGGAACAGUAUUUUUAUUAUUGUCCAUACCCUUACAGUCAUGGUUGGGUAAGAAAACUUCGCAGUUUAGAUUGAAAACUGCCACUCGUACCGAUGAAAGAGUUAGGCUAAUGAAUGAAAUCAUUUCUGGAAUUCAGGUAAUCAAAAUGUACACUUGGGAAUACCCAUUUGCCAAAUUAGUGGAGUAUGUUAGAGGCAACGAAGUAAAGUUCAUCAGGAAAACAUCUGUCAUCCGUGCAAUUCUGAUGUCCUUGGCCAUGACUUUAAAUGACGUAGCUGUUGCAAUCUGUUUGGUUACUUUUGUUUUGACAGGAAAUCCUCUAACAGCUUCAUAUGCAUUCACAGUUACAUCAUAUUACCGUUUGAUGGGUUCACUAACUUACUUCUUUCCCCAGGCCGUUUCUCAAGGCUCCGAAAUGUACAUAUCGAUGAAGAGAAUCCAGAGAUUCUUGCAAUAUGAUGAGCUCAAGACUGACGCUGAUUACAUUCCUCAAAAUUCCCUGAAUGGUAAUAAAAACGGCAAACUUGCUCUAAAAGAAUCAACUGGUUCCGAUAAGGGAAGCAUCCAUAUUAAAAAUGCAUCUGCUAAAUGGUUGAAAUCGCAACCUGAGAACAAUUUAGAAGACAUUGACAUGGAUGUAACACCUGGUAAUUUAGCAGCUGUUGUUGGUUCUGUAGGAAGUGGAAAGACGACCUUAUUGCACAUAAUUAUGAAGGAGCUCGAGCUCCAAGGUGGAUCUGUCACUGUGAAUGGUAAAGUUUCUUAUGCAUCUCAGGAGCCUUGGCUAUUUGGUGGCAGUAUAAGACAGAAUAUUCUAUUUGGAGAAAAAUACGACCAAGUAAAAUAUAAUGAAGUAGUAAGAGUGUGCGCAUUACAAAGAGAUUUUACUCUAUUUCCUCACGGAGAUAGAACACUAGCGGGUGAACGGGGAGUUACUUUAAGUGGUGGCCAAAGGGCUAGAAUUAACUUAGCUAGAGCUGUUUACAAACAAGCUGAUAUUUACUUACUAGAUGAUCCUCUAUCCGCCGUUGACACUCAUGUUGGCAAACAUAUAUUUGAAGAGUGUAUCUGUGGAUAUCUUGGAAAUAAAUGUGUCGUCUUGGUGACCCAUCAACUACAAUAUUUAAAGAAAAUACCGAAUAUAUAUUUAUUAAAGAAUGGUCAAGUAGCUGUUUCCGGUUCUUAUAAUGAUAUAAGAGAUUCUAAUACAGAUUACAGUAAACUGUUGGCCAAUAUAGAAGAAGAAGAAGAGGAAAUAAGAAGGAAGUCCAGAAUGAUUCAAACCAAACAGGAAAAAACCGAAGAAGAAGAAGUACAAGUGUUAGAAAGAGAAGCUAAAAGUACCGGUAAUAUUUCUGGACGUGUUUACCUAAAAUAUGCCCAAGCUGGUGGACAUCUGUUUAAAUCUUUUUGCUUAAUAAUGCUGUUUGUAAUGGGUCAAGCUUUGUUGAGUAUGUGCCAAUAUUUCGUUACUUUCUGGGUCAAUAUUCAGCAAUGGAAAUCUUUACAAAAUACAACAUCCUCGAUAGAGCCUGCCCCUUUGGCAAAUAUUACUGCACCCUUAGACUUCACCACUGCUUCUCCUCAAUCAGCUGAUAAUACAGGUUUCGCAGACUGGUGGCUAACUCCAUUGUUCAUAAGCGAAAACACUGUAAUCUACUUUAGUGUUCUAAACAUUCUUAUGGUCGUUAUUAUGAACAUUAGAUCGUCUUCGUUCUACGCAUGGUCUAUAACUGCUUCAACAAAAAUGCACAAUACGAUGUUCGAGAAUAUAGUUUAUAGUCCUAUGAGGUUUUUCACCAUAAAUCCUUCUGGAAGAAUACUUAAUAGGUUUUCAAAGGAUAUUGGGGCCUUAGAUGAAGUUUUACCAAUGACUUUCAUGGAUACCGUUCAAAUUGGUCUCGAAGUAGGUGCAAUCUGUUUCGUAAUAGGUAGUUUGACUUACUGGAUCAUGAUACCCACUAUCUGCAUAGGUAUACUGUUCUAUGUAAUGAGGACCAUAUUUUUAGAAACCAGUCGAGACGUUAAGAGGGUGGAAUCAGUGACACGAAGUCCCAUAUAUACUCAUUUAACAGCAUCGUUACAAGGGCUGACUACUAUCAGAGCAUUCAAAGCUGAAGAAAUACUCAAAACUGAAUUUGAUAGGUAUCAAAAUCACCACAGUGCCGCAUUUUUCAUGUAUCUAGGAGCCAAUAGAACCUUUGGAUUCUGGUUGGACUUUAUAUGUGUAAUAUACAUUGCCUUGGUAAUAUUGUCGCUGAUUUUCGUCGAAAGCGAAACAUUUGGAGGAAAUAUGGGUCUUGCCCUUACUCAAACCUUAGGUCUAACAGGGAUGUUCCAAUGGGGCAUGCGACAAUGGUCUGAACUCGAAAACCAAAUGACGUCAGUAGAACGAGUUCAAGAAUACGCUGACUUAAAACACGAAGAGGAUAAUCACACUGUAGAACCAGCUGCAACAUGGCCAGAUCAAGGAAAAAUAGAAUUUAAAAAUAUGUCUCUUCAGUAUUCGCCCGACGAUCCUCCGGUACUUAAGAAUCUCAGUUUUGUUAUCAAACCGUCCGAAAAAGUGGGUAUAGUGGGAAGAACAGGUGCAGGAAAGUCUUCAUUGAUUCAAGCUGUUUUCCGGUUGACUCACAUCGAUGGUAGCAUACUUAUUGAUGACAUCGAUACAAAAUCUGUGGCUUUGAAGAAGCUCAGAUCGAAAAUUUCUAUUAUUCCUCAGGAACCAGUCCUAUUUUCAGGAACGUUGAGAAAUAAUUUGGAUCCUUUCGAUGAGUAUAAAGAUGAGGUAUUAUGGAACGCUUUAGAACAAGUAGAACUCAAGAGUGCAGUUGACGACUUACCAGCCGGUUUAGAUAGCAAAAUGGCAGAAGGAGGCUCUAACUUCAGUGUAGGUCAAAGGCAGUUAGUCUGCUUAGCGAGAGCUGUAAUCAGAAAUAACAAAAUACUAGUAUUAGAUGAAGCUACAGCGAACGUCGAUCCAUAUACUGACGGUUUGAUUCAAACAACAAUAAGGAAAAAUUUCGACAAGUGCACAGUAUUAACCAUAGCUCACAGAUUAAACACAAUUAUGGAUUCGGAUAAAGUUCUAGUCAUGGAUGCUGGAAAAGCUGUCGAAUUCGAUCAUCCACAUACACUUUUACAAAAUCAAAAUGGUAUUUUCUAUUCGUUGGUUAUGCAGACAGGAAAAGCUACAGCUAGAACUUUAAUGGCAAUUGCAGAAGAAAACAAAAGAAUGAAAGACGAUAAGGAAUGAUUUUGUAUAAAUUAGUGGUUGUUUUUUGCCAAGCAGAAUGAUUUUUACCCUCAUAUCUCAAUAUUUAUAAUAUUGAGUCGAUGGAAUUUUCGGAAGAUUUUUUUAGAGGUUACAAAUGUUACUGAGUAUUUAAGUUUUAUUAUUUAUUUAAAAUUAUUGAGGAAAAUUAAAAAUAUAAAAUUUU